CGCUAUUUGAAUACUAGUUUAUUUAUUUAUUUUUUAUUUUUGGUGGAAUCGGUGAUGAGUGCGUGGGAGGUCAAAAGAGUGGUUUUUGACACGGAAAGUUGGAGUUUUAGAUCUGCCAUAGAUGCUCGAGAUCUGUGCUUGAGAAGUUGUUUUAAUUUUUAUUGGUGGGAUCCCUCGACUUCUGUUUAUGGGCCGUAAAAGGCCCUCAAGAUACUCUGGUCCUCUUGCCUUUCGAUUCAGACAUAUUCUUCCCAGAAGUUUGGAAGCCAUGAAGACAAGAAAGAUUUUUGGGGUUUCCCUCUCUAUCAUCCUCAUCAACUUGGCUGCUAUAAUGGAACGCGCUGACGAAAAUCUCCUCCCAUCCGUUUACAAAGAAGUCAGUGAAGCUUUUAGUGCAGGUCCAUCUGACCUUGGCUACCUCACAUUCAUAAGGAACUUUGUGCAAGGAAUUUCAUCACCAUUAGCAGGUGUUCUAGUCAUCAACUACGAUCGCCCUACGGUUCUUGCAAUGGGAACCUUUUGCUGGGCAUUAUCGACUGCUGCCGUGGGAGCAAGCCAGCAUUUUAUGCAAGUUGCAUUCUGGAGAGCGGUUAAUGGCUUUGGAUUGGCUAUUGUGAUACCGGCACUUCAGUCUUUUAUAGCUGAUAGCUAUAAUGAUGGUAUGAGAGGGACUGGUUUUGGUUUGGUAGGCCUCGUUGGUACUUUUGGUGGCAUAGGAGGUGGUGUGGUGGCCACAGUUAUGGCUGGCCAGCAGUACUUUGGUAUGCCGGGAUGGCGUUUCGCUUUCAUUAUGAUGGCAACUUUGAGUGCUGCGAUUGGAGUUCUUGUUUUCUUGUUUGUGGUUGACCCAAGAAAAGCAACUAGUGUCACUCAUAACACUGCUGAUGUUUCUGAGAGGGAUGAACUGCUAGAUAAAGGCAAUUCUAGUGUAGCAUCAGUUUGGCUUGAGUCUUGGACGGCCAUGAAAGCUGUCACAAAAGUGCAAACAUUUCAAAUAAUUGUGUUGCAGGGUGUUGUUGGAUCGCUUCCAUGGACUGCCAUGGUGUUCUUCACCAUGUGGUUUGAACUAAUCGGCUUUGAUCACAAUGGUGCAGCAACUCUUCUUAGCCUUUUUGCCAUUGGAUGUGCUAUGGGCUCACUGGUUGGAGGACUAAUAGCAGACAAACUCUCUCAAAUCUACCCUCGCUCGGGUCGCAUAAUGUGUGCUCAGUUCAGCGCCAUUAUGGGCAUCCCGUUCUCAUGGUUCCUACUCAAGGUGAUUCCACAGUCAGUGAACAGCUACCACAUCUUUUGUGCCACUCUCUUCCUGAUGGGCUUAACCAUCAGUUGGAAUGGUUCUGCUGCAAAUGCUCCUAUGUUUGCUGAGGUAGUUCCCACCAAGCACAGGACCAUGAUCUACGCCUUUGACCGUGCUUUUGAGGGCUCAGUCUCUUCGUUUGCUGCUCCACUGGUCGGUAUUCUUUCGGAGAGGAUGUUUGGCUACGAUUCAAAAGCGGUAGAUCCAGUAUUGGGGUCCAAGAGGGAGGCCUUUGCGCUGUCUCAGGGGCUUCUUUCAAUGAUGGCCGUUCCCUUCGGCAUUUGUUGCUUGUUUUACACCCCUUUGUAUAGGAUUUUCUGGAAGGACCGUGAGAAUGCUAGAAUGGCCUGUGUGAAAGAGGAAGAGAUGGUUUCACGAAAAGCAUUUGAUGCUUAGUAUCAACUUUUUUUUUUGUUUUGGCAAUUUUCUCGAGAUUUUGGGAUCAUAGCUUCAGCCAUUUCAGGUGCAUAUAUAUUUUUUUCCCAGCAAGAAUUAUACCAUGGAACUUCAAAGACAUCGAGUUUUGCCAUCAUGAAAGUUACAUGUUUUCUAGAUCUCUAUAGGAGAUGGUUCUUCAUAGAGGCAGAGCCUGUUGUAUUGAAAUAAUGUUUACAUUUCAGGGACUGAUUUUUGUAUUGUCAGAAAUACUGAUCAGAUGAUAUAUACGGCUCAUUAGGAAACAGGGAAGUUUUCCCUCAAACGCCUAGAGAUACCCAUUUCAUCAAAACGUGCCAAAUAAAAGUGACAUUUUGUUUGCUCAAUGUG